UCCUCUGGAACUCAAACCACCCAAAAGCCUCUGGCGAGAGGAAAACCUAGAGAGAGAAAGUGCUUCCUAGAGAGAGAAAAAGAUGAGAGAGAUCCUACACGUUCAGGGCGGCCAAUGUGGGAACCAGAUCGGUUCAAAGUUUUGGGAAGUUGUGUGCGAUGAACAUGGAAUCGACCCGACGGGUCGGUACACUGGGAACUCGGACAUUCAACUGGAACGAGUCAACGUUUAUUACAAUGAGGCGAGUUGUGGCAGAUUUGUGCCAAGGGCCGUGCUCAUGGAUCUCGAGCCAGGGACCAUGGAUAGUGUGAGGACUGGUCCAUAUGGCCAAAUAUUCAGGCCUGAUAAUUUCGUUUUUGGGCAAUCAGGGGCUGGGAAUAACUGGGCUAAGGGCCAUUACACUGAAGGGGCUGAGCUCAUUGACUCGGUUCUUGAUGUUGUGAGAAAAGAGGCUGAGAAUUGUGAUUGUCUUCAAGGUUUUCAGGUUUGCCAUUCAUUGGGUGGAGGAACUGGUUCGGGAAUGGGGACACUGUUGAUUUCAAAGAUAAGGGAAGAGUACCCAGAUCGUAUGAUGCUUACUUUUUCAGUGUUUCCGUCGCCAAAGGUGUCGGACACGGUUGUGGAGCCUUACAAUGCGACGCUUUCAGUGCAUCAGCUUGUGGAGAAUGCUGAUGAGUGUAUGGUGCUUGACAAUGAAGCCCUCUAUGAUAUUUGUUUCCGCACUCUAAAGCUCACCACCCCUAGUUUUGGUGACCUGAAUCACCUCAUCUCAGCCACCAUGAGUGGAGUCACUUGUUGCCUAAGGUUCCCUGGUCAACUAAACUCUGACCUCCGGAAACUUGCCGUAAACCUGAUCCCAUUCCCUCGCCUCCACUUCUUCAUGGUCGGUUUCGCCCCUCUCACCUCUCGUGGCUCUCAACAAUAUCGAGCCCUAACUGUCCCUGAACUCACCCAACAAAUGUGGGAUUCCAAAAACAUGAUGUGUGCUGCUGACCCUCGCCAUGGCCGCUAUCUUACUGCCUCUGCUAUGUUUAGAGGCAAAAUGUCGACUAAAGAGGUUGAUGAACAAAUGAUCAAUGUCCAAAACAAAAACUCCUCUUAUUUUGUUGAAUGGAUCCCUAACAAUGUGAAAUCGAGUGUUUGUGAUAUUCCUCCUAAAGGGUUAUCGAUGGCCUCUACAUUUAUCGGGAAUUCGACUUCCAUUCAGGAGAUGUUCAGGAGGGUGAGUGAGCAGUUUACUGCUAUGUUUAGGAGGAAGGCUUUCUUGCACUGGUAUACUGGAGAGGGAAUGGAUGAGAUGGAGUUUACUGAGGCGGAGAGCAACAUGAAUGAUUUGGUCUCUGAGUAUCAGCAAUACCAAGACGCCACUGCUGAUGAUGAGGCUGAUUAUGAAGAUGAGGAUGAAGGUGUUCAUGAAGAGAACUGAACGCAAGACUCUCUCUCUCUCUCUCUGUUUAUGAUCUAUCUAUUUAUCUGAGUGGGUGGUUGUAGUGUAUCGGAGGAGUUUAGAGAGUGGUGUUUUGGUGGAUUUGUUGCUACCUCCUCUUCUCCUUACUGUCAUUACUGCUAUUUUGGCGUGUGUGGACGAUGAGGACUUUAUGGUUGGUUAGGGCUUCUGAGUUCUGUGCUUGUUCCUGGUGUUGAAGAUUGAUCAGUAUUUGCAUUAUAGAAAUAUUACACACUCAGAUCUAUAUAUCGUUGUGCCUAGUGGAAUAGUCUUUGUACUGGGAUCUGGUUUUCAAAUCGAAGGCACACUUUUUGUAGUGAAUUAUCGCUUUUUGAGCGAGCACAUUGAUAAGAUUUCCAGCCAUCUUCCAUGC